AUGUCAUUUUUCAAGCCUGCUGCUUGUGACUACGCGCUUUCUUACCUGACAACUUUCAGCGGCUACGUCUCAGGUGUCAUUGGCGAAGCUCAUGGUAUCUCUGGUGGAGUGUGGACUAUAUUCAACAAGAAUCACAUGAAAAUCCAUGUACACUUGGAGAAGCAUCAACACUUCAUGUCUAGGUCUACAAAGGAUGAGCAACGUGCUGUGGCAGUGGGUUCCACACCGAAAAUGAUGCCAAAAUUUCGUAAGGACACACUCGAUCCUUCAUAUGACAGUGGUGAGGUGGAGCCUCUUUUCGACUCCGACUCCAUAGACACUAACAGCCACAGGACUUGUGAUGUUCAGGGGAACGUUCCUCAUAUGCAAAAAUAUGGCAUGAUGGAAGUUGAUGACUCCUACAGCACUUGGUCGGUUGCUGUUGCGAAGGACCUCCCUGCAGGGUUGACAUGCGCAUGGUUAUGUGACUGGACUGAUCAGCCAUGUGGUCUCUACAUCAAGAUGACCAAGGAUCACAUCACAAACCAUCUUGAUAACUGGCAUGCACCACCUGUGAAUGUCUCUAUUGCCAUCUGGUGUGCUCGAGGAGCGAUGCUGUGA